UUCUCAGUAUUCUCGAGACUCAUAAUAUAUCGCAUAUAAAUACAAUUUUAUGGUACAAAAUCCUCACAACAUUUUUGCUUUUCCCGGGAAGUCCGAUUUGCUCUUAAAUUGGCCUAUUUUGGUCUUAAUACCUGUUUUUGUAGACUUUUACAGACCCUGUAUAUACUUUACUACCUGGAUGGCUAAAUACCAAAGUAGUGAAGCCCAACAAAUUAAAAUAAGAAGAAGAGCUUAAAACAUAACCUUAGUUUUUCUUGUUUUUAAUAUUUUAUAUUUGAACUACUUUUUAUUUUUAACGUGUUUAUUUAUGUUAAAAGCCUUAAAAUGGAUUAUUAACACUUUAAAAAGUAAAAGUUUGAUUAUAUACUAGACUGGAAGUGCCACUGUUGAGAACACGAUAUGAAAUUUUAAAUAAAGUCAAAUAUUUUAGUCUUUGAAAAUGGUCCAUAUAUCUUCGAAAAUAUUUGGAAAAAUAAAACAAGCAACCAGAAAAUAUCUUCGACAAGGUUUUCGAGAUAAUUUACGUAUUUAUGUUCAAGGAGGUCCUGGUGGAAACGGCUACCCUAAAUUUGGUGGUGUAGGAGGCAAAGGUGGAGAUGUAAUUGGUAUAGCUAAAGAGAAUUUAACUUUAGAAGAUGUUUACAAAUCAAAUAGGAGCAAAAGGUAUAUUGCAAAAGGUGGAAGACAUUCAACACAUAAUUUUAUAUUGGGACCGCCUGGCGAGGACCUGAAAUUUGAACUACCUGUUGGAGUUACACUAGUUACAGAUGCAGGCAAAAAUUUAGGGGAUUUAAAUAAUCCAGAUGAUCAACUGGUAUUGGCUAAAGGUGGUACAGGAGGUCAUAGUAAAAAUGGUUACUUAGGAACUAAAGGCCAAGCUUAUCCAGUAACACUUGAUUUGAAGCUAAUAGCUGAUAUUGGCUUAGUUGGUUUCCCAAAUGCAGGCAAAAGUACAAUUUUAAAAGGCAUUUCACAUGCUAAACCAAAAAUUGCCAACUACCCUUUUACAACUGUAAAACCAAAUAUUGGUAUUCUAUUGUAUGAUGAUAAUAGACAGAUUUCAAUGGCAGAUCUUCCAGGCCUUAUAGAAGGAGCUCAUGCUAAUAAAGGCAUGGGCCAUAAGUUUUUAAAACAUGUUGAAAGAACCAAACUUAUGCUUAUGGUUGCAGAUAUAAACGGUUUUCAGUUAGGACCACAGUAUCCACACAGAAGUUGUUUAGAGAAUAUUAUGCUUUUAAUUAAGGAACUAGAAAUGUAUAAUAAAGAUUUACUGUCAAAACCCGCCAUGUUGGUAAUCAAUAAAAUGGACACCGAUGGAGCUUUGGCUAAAUUUAAUGAAAUAGAAUCUCAAUUAAAAAAUUUGGGAGGAUAUUUUUCGAAUUAUCCUGAAGAACAAAGACCAGAAGGCAAACUGAAAUUUUACGAAAUCAUUCCUAUAUCGGCCAAAGAGAAUCCAGAGAGUGUAAAAUUGUUAAAAGAAAGGUUAAGAAAAAUAAUUGAUGUGAUAGCAGAUGAGAAAGAGAAAGAAAGUCAAACUGAUGUAUUAGAAGAAGUAAAAAGUUCUUUAAAAGAAAGAGGACCUGUUUUGAUUUAAAUAUAUUUAUUAAACUAA